CUCACACCGGACAUUUUCUCCUCAUUCCCGGCCACUUUUCCCCUCACACCGGGCAUUUUUUCCUCAUUCCCGGUACUUUACCCCUCACACUUGACACUUUUUCCCUCAUACCCGCCACUUUUCCCCCUGACUCACCCAGCCGCGGCACCCCUCCGAGGCUCCGGGCCUGGCGCCGGCAGCCGGGCUCGGUGCAGCAGUUCCCGAGCACGCUCAGCGCCAGCUCCAGCACCCUCCGGGGCCUCUCGGGUCCCACCAGCUCCAGCAGCGGCCCGAGCCCCCCUCGCUCCCGGAACCGCGCGGGGCCCCCGGCCCGCCUCGUGUGCCGGGCCCGCAGCGCCAGCAGCGCCCGAGACAGCGACGGCUCGGCCGCGGCCCGCACGGCCUCCACGCACCAGCCCAGGGACUCGGACAUGGUUCAUGGGCGUGGCCACACAUCAGCGGGGGCGGAGCAACCUUUGAUUGACAGAUGUAGGGACGCGCCUGACGAAUCCUCGCGAGAUUUCCCGAGAUUUGGCGUCGUUCCCGCCCCUUCUCCCCCUCAGCCCAACAUGGUGGUUCACGCUGAGCCCCCCCCCGAGCCCGACAUGUCGCGACAGUGGCGACAGUCGGCGCCUCGCCUCGAUCCCGACACUGCCGAAUAUUUCCGGAGGGCCCUGGAGACGCUGGAGGAGGGGCUGAGCGAGGAGGAGCUCGCCCUCUUCGCUCCCAACGUUCUCUCGGAGCUCUCCCGCUGCCUCCCUUCAGCAGCGCUGCACCCCAGCUCCUCCCGGCUGCUGCUGCAGCUGCUGCCCCAUUGCCCCCCCGAGACCCUCACCCCCUUUAUCUCCCAUUUGGGGGGGGUCUCCCGCCACCCCCGGGGGUCCCGAGCGCUCGAGGCCGCGCUGGGCCGGGCGCUGGCGGCGCUGGGGGCGGGGCUUGCGCUGGGGGCGGGGCUGGAGGGGGCGGUGACGGAGCUGGGGGCGGAGCUUGGGAGGGAUUUGGGGGGCGUGGCCCGGGAUGCCAACGGCAGCUUCGUGCUCAGGGCGCUGCUGGGGCUGCUCAGCGGCGGGGCUGACCCAGUCCCUCCUCCCAAGGGGGCGGAGCCAAAGGCAAAGAAGGCGGAGCUAAAGGCAAAGGGGGCGUGGUCACUGCCAGAAGGGGCGGAGCUUCCGCCCUCGUUCCGCCCCCUGUUGGAGGAGCUGGCGCAGGGGCUGGAGCAGCAAAUCCCAGCCCUGCUGAGCCCGGCCUGCGCCAGCCUGUGCCUGCAGGGGGCGCUCCGGGCCCUGCACCGCAGCCAAUCACCUUCCUGCGCCCGCUUCUGCCGCGCCCUGAUUGGCUGCCUCAGCCAGGACAGCCCCGCCCACGACCAGAGCCCUCUGCUGACGUCACUGCAGGACCCUGACCGGUCCCGCCUCCUGGAGGCGGCCAUGACAGUCCUGGACCCCCCGGGGCUCCGCGAGCUCUUCCGGGGUCACCUGCGGGGUCACCUGAGGGGCGUGGCCUCCCACCGAGUGGCCAAUCACGGCCUGCAGAGGCUCCUGGACCACGCCCCCGAGGAUGUGGUGUCGGAGGCGCUGUCGGAGCUUGGCCCCGCCCUCCAGGAGCCGCUGGCCCGGGGUCACCCCGGGGUCAUCCUGGCCCUGCUGGGGGCGGCCCUGAGGCACCCCCGGCUCCAGGGGGAGGCGCUCAGGAGCCUCUUCCAGGCUUUGCGCUGCUGGGCCCCGCCCCACCACCCCCAUUGCGUCACCGCCCUGGCCCAGCUCCGCCCCCUGGAGGGCGGGGACAGCGGCGAGGAGGCGGAGCCUGAGCCCCGCCCCCCGUCUCCCAUUGGCUCCCGCGCUCUUCAGCUCCUCCUCCAUUUCCGUGACCCCGCCCCCAUCGUGGGGGGGCUGCGGGCGCUGCCCCGCCCGGCCCUGCCCGGCCUGGCCCGGAGCCCCCCCGGGAGCCGAAUUUGGGACGCGAUUUUGGGGUCAAAAACCGUCCCCAAAAACGACAAAAAACGGCUCCUGAAACGCCUCAAGGGUCAUUGGGGAGCGCUGGCCAUGGACAAGAGCGGGAGCCGAGUGCUGGACACGGCCUGGGCCUGGAGCCCCCUCCCACAGAGGGUCCAGAUGGCUUCGGAAUUGGCCCCGCUCCUGCCCCGGCUGCUCCGGGACCCCCUCGGCCGCGGCGUCGCCCGAAGGCUCAGCCUGGAGCUGUUCCUGAGGCUCCGCCCCCAGUGGGAGGGGCUGCAGAGGGGGCGGGGCCUCCAGCUCUGACCACGCCCCCAUACCCUCACACCACCCCUGGCCCCGCCCACAUUUAAAUAAUGGUAUUUAAAAUUUAUUUUUAAUAUUUUUAUUUAUGUUUUGUGUUGUUUCAAUGGGGAGGGGCGGGGCCUGCAGCUCUGACCACGCCCCCAAUACCCUCUGGCCACGCCCACAUUUAAAUAAUGGUAUUUAAAAUUUAUUUUUAAUAUUUUUAUUAAUAUUUUGUGUUGUUUCAGUGGGGAGGGGCUGCAGAGGGGGCGGGGCCUGACGCUCUGACCACGCCCACAUUACUCUCUAUCCCCACCCCACCCCAUUGAAACAACACAAAACGACACAAAAUGUUAAUAAAAAUAUUAAAAAUAAAUCUUUAAUACCAUUACUUAAAUGUGGGCGGGGCUUGCAGCUCUGACCACACCCACAACCACCUCUGACCACCCCUGGCCCCGCCCACAUUUCAAUAAUUUUAUUAAAUAUAUUUUUUAUUAAUAUUUUGUGUCGUUUUGUGUUGUUUCAAUGGGGAGGGGCGGGGCCUGCAGCUCUGACCACGCCCCCAUACCCUCACACCACCCCUGGCC